AUGGAAGAUUACUCAAAGUACACUCACAGUCCCGCGCAUCUCGCGGUGCUGCUUCACGAUCACGCAGCUCUCAGGCGAAUCGUCACUGAACUUCCACAGCUAGCCAAAGCCGGCGAGGUCACAAACGAGGCAGAGUCAUUAGAAGCCGAAUCCCGCGCCGAUGCAGUCACAGCAGUCAUCGACUCCCGCGAAGUCCCCGGCCGCGAAACCCCUCUCCACCUCGCGGUCCGUCUCCGAGAUCCAGUCUCCGCCGAGAUCCUAAUGUCCGCCGGAGCAGACUGGUCCCUCCAGAACCAAAACGGCUGGAGCGCGCUGCAGGAAGCCGUCUGCACGAAAGAGGAAGCCAUCGCCAUGAUCAUCGCUCGUCACUACCAACCUCUCGCGUGGGCCAAAUGGUGCCGGAGACUCCCCCGGAUCACCGCCUCGGCGUCGCGCAUCCGCGACUUCUACAUGGAGAUCAGCUUCCACUUCGAGAGCUCCGUGAUUCCUUUCAUCGGCCGGAUCGCUCCGUCGGACACUUACCGGAUCUGGAAGCGAGGAUCCAACCUCCGCGCCGACAUGACGCUCGCCGGAUUCGACGGGCUUCGGAUUCAGAGAUCGGAUCAGACGUUUCUGUUUCUCGGAGAAGGUUACGAUGGGGAGGUUUCGCUACCUCCUGGGUCUUUGAUUGUGCUUUCUCAUAAGGAGAAGGAAGUGACGAACGCGUUGGAAGGAGCCGGGACGCAGCCGACGGAGGCUGAGGUGGCGCAUGAGGUUGCGCAGAUGUCGCAGACUAACAUGUAUAGGCCUGGGAUCGAUGUGACGGAGGCUGAGUUGGUUCCUCAGGUGAAUUGGAGACGGCAGGAGAGGACGGAGACGGUUGGGGGGUGGAAGGCGAGAGUUUACGAUAUGGUUCAUGUGAUGGUGAGUGUGAAGUCGAGGAGAGUUCCGGGAGCUAUGACUGAUGAGGAGAUGUUCGCUGUUGAUGAAGAGAGGAUUGCUAAUGGCGGCGGUGUUGAAGAUGUGUUGACGUCUGAGGAGAGGGAGCAGUUGGAUACUGCGUUAAGGAUGGGGAACGAAGAUGAAGAGAAAGAGAAGGACGUUAACGAGAAUGGUGAUGGUGGUGGUGGUGUCAAGGAGAAGAAAGGAUGGUUUGGUUGGAACAAGAAAGGUGAAGAUGCAACAACGAAGGUGAAGAAAGGAUCGAAGUUGGCACCGGAAGAAGGAAAAGGGAAGAGCCAGAGAACGUCGUCGUCGUCGGUGUCUGAUAAUACGAAGGAGGCGAAGGACAAAGCCUCCUCCGGUGGUGCGAAGAAGAAGAAGAGUGAGAGUGAGUACAAGAAAGGGUUAAGACCUGUGUUGUGGCUAACGCCUGACUUCCCUUUGAAGACGGAGGAGCUUCUUCCGCUUCUUGACAUAUUAGCUAAUAAGGUUAAGGCUGUGAGGAGGCUGAGAGAGCUUCUUACCACAAAACUUCCCACAGGAACGUUCCCUGUCAAGCUAGCGAUUCCUCUGAUUCCAACCGUUCGUGUGAUUGUCACGUUUACUAAAUUUGAGGAGCUACAACCGUGUGAGGAGUUCGUAACGCCUCCUUCUAGUCCGGUUUUCCAUGAUGCCAAGUCGUCAUCGGAGAAUCCAUCGUCAGCGUCAGGAUCAGGAUCAGGAUCAUGGGUGUCUUGGAUGAAAGGUGGUCGUGCUGGUGGUCAGUCAAGCGACGGUGAGAGUAAUCGGUACAAGGACAAUGAGGUUGACCCGUUUCUCAUACCGUCGGACUACAAAUGGGUCGACUCAGCUGAGAAGAAACGAAGAAUGAAAGCCAAGAAAGCUAGAAUCAGGAAGAACAGGAAAAACGGUGCUCCUUCAAAACCAGGUCAAUCGAGUUCCCGGUCCAAUCAAGAACCGGAAGAACAACAGAAUGUAACUUAG